AUGAGCGCCAACUCACAUGCUCGGUUAUCCGCACAAGCAGUGUUCUUCGUGGUUGGGUUAUUAUGUAUUCUGGUGUUUCACAAAUGGCUUUCUCAAAGGGGCAAAAUUGUGGCCCUUGGCGGAUUUGCACCCGGUAUGAAGACAAAACUGCCUUUUGGGUUGAGAUGGAUAAUAGAUGAGAUUCACUGUGCAGUCAACUACGAUCACUUUGAUAUAUGGCAAAAGAGAAUGAGACAAGUGGGCACAGAAUGUAGAACACUUGAAACGCGUUUUCCUGGACCCUUUGGACUUCGGAUAAUAUGGACAGAUGACCCUGAGAACAUCAAAGCAAUCCUGGUGACCGACUUCGAGGACUGGGGAAAGGGGGAAAGAGUACACCAUGAGUGGAUGCCUCUUCUUGGUAACUCGAUAUUCAUGACAGAUGGAGCACUCUGGCAUGCAAGUCGCCAACUCAUCCGGCCGCACUUUACAAAGAAGAGGGUUUCUGAUCUGAACACCUUCGAAACUCACGUACAAAUUCUCAUAAAAGCCAUCAAGUCAAAGGGAAAUACCCAGAGAAUUGAUAUGCAAGAAAUGUUCAAGCAUUAUGCUCUCGACAUUGCCACAGAAUUUAUUUUAGGUAAAAGCGCUCACAACAUGCUUGGGUUGAAUCUUGAAUUUGCGCAUGCAUUCGGAGAGGCUCAACGACAAUGUGUCUGGUUCACCAAACUAGGGCCGGCCAAAGGACUAUUCUCUCGAAAAAAGUACCUCUCGAAUCUCAGAAAGAUCAACAACUUCAUUGAGCCUUUCGUCGACGAGGUUCUGAGUUUUACUCCAGAGGAACUGCAACUCAAGUCAAAAAGGGAGAAAAACUUCCUGCAUUCUCUUGCGACUUUCAGCCGAGAUCGGAAAAUGCUUCGAGACCAAAUUAUUGGUGUUCUGUUAGGUGGGCGAGACACUGUUGCCAGUGGGCUUUCUUGGGCCCUGUACGAGUUAGCUCGCCACCCGGAGAUUGUUACAAAGCUUAGACAUGAAAUUUCUGCUAUUGUGGGUUUAAAUAAUGCACCUAGUUUCUCCAAAAUGAGAGAAAUGAAAUAUUUGCAGUACAUCAUUAAUGAAACACUACGACUCUACCCCUCGGUCGCCGUCAACUGCCGCUUCUCAACUAAAAACACGAGUUUACCACGAGGCGGGACUUCAGGAGGGCGAGUUGGCAUUUUAAAUGAUACCCUUGUCGUAUUUUCACCAAUUGCUUGUCAACGGCAUCGAAUCGCAUAUCCUUUGGAUUCGAAAAUCGAAGAGUUUGAUCCUGAAAGGUGGGUUCAUCUGGAGUUCAAGCAAGGGAAUUAUUUUCCAUUUAGUGGUGGUCCAAGGAUUUGUGUUGGACAGCAAUUUGCGCUUGCAGAAAUGGGUUACACACUUGUCAGACUAUUUCAGACUUUCAGUCAGAUUCACAGUUUUAUGGAUUACGAAAGACUUGAUCGGAAUGGAGGAAACAUGCAGACAGAUAUCGUUCUAGAAUUAAGAGAAGGGGUGGAAGUAGGAUUUAUGUAUGAAUAA